AUGAGCUGCUUGUUGCGAGUGGCCAUUUUGAUCGCGAUUUUGUUCGGCUUCCCACAUCCCUCCUCCACCAGCAGGAUUCUGUUCCUUCUCCCGCUGUCAUGUCGUAGUGAGGUCAAUUCCAUCCACCCCCUUGCUAAGGAAUUACUCUUUAGAGGGCAUCAUGUCACGUGGAUCACUUCUCUUAAAUCUGAGCUUUCUGGAAGUCACGAAAAUUAUACGGAACUUGUUCCCAUCCCACCACCCGAUGUGGAGGAUUAUGUCGGAGCCGCUUCAAUUUUGCGACACCGCGCCAACUAUGUUCACUUUAUCCCGCACCUCUUAUCUUGGAACCUUACCCGACUGGCGGCCCGCUGCAACGCCGUUUAUAGUGAUCCCACCUUCCAAAAUGUCGUAUUUUCUCCUACCGCCAACUUCGACAUUGUCAUCAUUAACGGCAACUUACACCAUUGCCUGAUCCCCAUCAUCUCCGUUCUCCACCCGUCACCCCCGCCAUUCAUCGCGUUCACUACAAUCCCGUUCACCGGGGAAGAAAUUAGACUGACCGGAUGGCGACAACCAGCAUCCUUCGUCCCCUCAUCUAAUUUACCGUUCACGCAGGAUAUGCCUUUUGGCCAGCGAUUGUUCAAUUUCAUCAAUAGGAUUGUAUUCACCUUUGUAUUUACGCGAUACAUCGAACAUGGCGCAGAGUCUACGAGUGCCCCGCAUUUGCUCAAUCGGACCGCGGGAGGAGGUAAACUGGCGCCAAUUUCCAGUAUUCAAGCCGAGGUUGCCAUGAUGUUUAGCAACUCGCAUCCCGCCCUGUCAAGCCCACGUCCCUUAACGCCGGAUAUUGUGGAGGUCGGGUGUCUCCAUUGUCGUGAAGGGGUCUCAGUACACCCCGAAGAGCUUAAUAACUGGAUGGAAGAAUCUCCUCAAGGGGUGGUUCUAUUUAGUAUGGGGUCAAUGUUUAGCUUCCCGCCAAAGCUGACCAGAUUGGUAAUGGAAACGUUCGAAAGAUUGGAUCCAGUUCGAGUUUUAGUCGUAGGAAGCAAAAUGGCGGGAGGUAAUAAGGUGCCGAAAAAUGUAAAAGUGGUCAAAUGGAUUUCCCAACAGGACGUCCUAGCUCAUAAAAAGUUGCGCCUGUUCGUGUCACAUGGAGGAAUGCAGUCAUAUUUGGAGGCUGCAUUUCACGCCGUUCCCGUCGUAUUUUUACCAAUUUAUGCCGAUCAAGCCUUUGCAGCAGCGCAUGUGCGAAUGAUUGGCAACGGAGUGGCGGUAGAACUUCUGGAUGUGACGGCGGCUAGUUUAAAAGACGCGAUUAGGGAGGUGCUUAGUAAUCCGAGAUACAAAGCCAAAGCGAACGAGUUGUCCGUAAUAUUUAAGGAUCAGCCUGAGAGUCCGUUGAAAAGAGCGGUUUUCUGGACGGAAUAUGUCAUCCGGCAUAAGGGUGCAAAACAUUUGAGAUCCGCGGCAAGAAAACUUAACUACUUGCAGUACCAUGACAUUGAUUUGGUCGUAUUUAUAUUUGCAAUGUCUGUGUUUCCAGCUUGGAUAACCACAUCUCUGAUGACACUUUGUCGACGUUGGAAAAGACCGACCUGGUUGAAAUUGUACCGAGCAUUGGACAUCGCUCUAAACUUUGGACAGCAAUUAAGAAAAUAA